AGCUUCACUUGAGAUCAUGUGACCAAUCCAAGAUGUCGACAAAAACCUCAUUCCAGAACAAAGUGAAUGAGUUGGAAAGACGAUUAAAAGCUGAAAACAAGUCUAGAGAGAGAGAUAGAGUACGCCCAAAUUGUGACCAAGUACCGAGGCGUCCAUCACCAUUUACUGACUUUGCUGCACCUUCAAGGUCAAGUUCAGCCCCUUCCUCUGGUAGAAGAAGGCCAGGUGGUUUGGAUUGUCAGCCCCGUACCUCACAUGCACAAAGACAGCCAGACAGUCAUGAGAUAGAACAGAAGUACACUGAGAUUAUGAAGCAGACGGGUAUUCUGACGUUAAAUGGACAGAAAGUUCCCACAGAUAUAUCGGAUCUAGAACCGCUAGGUGAACUAGGACAUGGUACCUGUGGACAGGUUAUCAGAAUGAGACAUAAACAGUCCGGGGUAAUGAUGGCAGUCAAGCAAAUGAGAAGAUCUGGAAAUAAAGAGGAGAACAAAAGAAUUAUCAUGGAUCUGGACGUAGUAUUAAAAUCUCACGAUUGUCCUUAUAUAGUACAGUGUAUAGGAACUUUUAUUACCCCUAGUGAAGUGUGGAUAUGUAUGGAAUUAAUGUCUACAUGUUUAGAUAAAUUAUUGAAAAAAACUAGAAGACCCAUUCCGGAAAAAAUCCUUGGCAAGAUGGCAGUUGCUAUGGUCAAGGCACUACAUUACCUCAAAGAAAAUCAUGGUGUUAUACACAGAGAUGUGAAGCCUUCUAACAUUCUCUUAGAUGAGAAAGGAAUUGUAAAGUUAUGUGAUUUUGGUAUAUCAGGAAGAUUGGUUGAUUCUAAAGCAAAGACAAGAAGUGCAGGCUGUGCUGCAUAUAUGGCUCCAGAAAGAAUAGAUCCACCAGAUCCCACAAGACCAGAUUAUGAUAUCAGGGCAGAUGUUUGGAGCUUAGGGAUAUCUCUAGUUGAAUUAGCCACCGGAGAGUUCCCAUACAAAAAUUGUAAGACAGAUUUUGAAGUGUUAACUAAAGUUUUACAAGAAGAGCCCCCACUGUUACCACCGGGUAAAAAUUUCACCAUGGACUUUUGCUCAUUUGUAAAGGACUGCCUCACUAAAGAUUACAGAAGAAGACCAAAGUAUAGAAAAUUAUUAGAACACCCAUUUAUAAAGCGGUAUGAAACGUUAGAUGUUGAUGUAGCCACCUGGUUUUCAGAUGUGUCAGUACAUAUAGAGCCUCAUACAGGUGUUUGAAGAACUUUUUUACAUAGAGGUUGAAUCUCAGUAAUUUGGUGCAGCAGGUCUCAGCACUCGAGCAUUGAAAUCAUCUAAAAAGACAAACUUCUUACCUGCAUAUUCAUUUUUUUGAAUCGUAGGAGUUUGUCUCUGGUUUAAUCAAAUUGACAGACUGGACUUACACAGCAUGUGCAUGUGAAUUAAGACAAAAACUUUUUAAAGAUUUGCAAAUGAGAUCAUGCGAAUUUCAGUAAUUGAGAUCAGGUGUGAUCAUUUGCGGUUGAAUUCACGUCAUGCACUGAGAUCAUGUGGAUCAAGAUAUUAUUUUAAGAACUGAGGUGUAUAAAAUUAGAGACUUGCCUGAGAUGAUUAUGAUCUAUAAGGAAAAGAUUGUGUGACUUACAGGAAAGAUCAUUUGACUUUCAGGGUAAGAUAAUGUGACUUGAAAGGAAAAAUCAGACAAAUUUUGUUUUGAAGGAUUUUACAGACAGUGGAUAUGGGUUUUAAUGUCUUUGUAUCAUGAGGUGGUCAAAGUGUAGGUGUUUUCUUUAUGUGGAAAAAUGCCUGGAAAGGUCAGUGAGAUGAUAUUAACAGCAGCAGUGAAGUCAUUUGAUUUGUGAGAAAGAUCAGGUGUUUUUAUACAUUGAGAUCUUGUAUUUAAUUAAAAGUGAGAUCAUGUGAAUUUAAGAAUGCAGUUAUUCAUUAUAUGUAUUGAGAUUGUGUGAUUUGCAUGUAAGGCAGCCUGAUGAUAUCCAAACAAAGUCAUGUGACUUUGAGGUCGUGAUAUAGUUUUCAGGUGAGAUCAUGUGAUUUCAAACAUGAAGAUGAAUGAAAACAGAGAAUUGAAGAAUUUUCAAAUCAGAUAUAUUUUCAGCAGCAGUGGGUCAGUAGCUUGUGUUUACAGGUGCAGUGUACUCAUUUGACUGUGUUUAUUGUAGUUUUUAGAUUGCAUUUAUGUCAUAAUGGAAGUUUUUGUGAUAGCGUUCCUUUACAGAUAAAAUAAUUUUUUAUGACCCCCAUUAGAUGAAGAAAGGAUAUAUUGUUUUGCCUCAUCUGUUGGUUGGUCAUUUUGGAUGACCAUUCUUUUUCCUUUCAAUAACUAGAGAAUGCUUGUUCUCAUGAUAGUCAGACUUCAUAGGACAAUUGUCUGUGGUCAAUAGAUAAUCCCAAUAGUUAUGUUUUAGGGCACAGAGGUCAAGGUUUAAGUGACUUGAGACUGAAAACUGCUUAGCUCAGUAACUAAGUGGUCAGUAGAUGAUCCUAUUAUUUUGGGGAUCAGUAGGUCAUAUGUAAGGCUCAUAGUUAAUCUUGGGACUGAGAAUGGGACAGGCCAUCGUGGGGGCAUAAAUGAGCCGUGCCAUAGGAAAACCAACAUAGUGGGUUUGCGACCAGCAUGGAUCCAGACCAGCCUGCGCAUCCACGCAGUCUGGUCAGGAUCCAUGCUGUUCGGUUUUAAAACCUACUGCAAUUAGAGAAACCGUUAGCGAACAGCAUGGAUCCUGACCAGACUGCGCGGAUGCGCAGGCUGGUCUGUCCAUGCUGGUUGCAAAGCCACUAUGUUGGUUUUGUCAUGGCACGGCUCAAAUUACGUGUUUUACAAAGCUCUUGUUUUUAGAAAAUGGCUAUACACGUGUUAUGUCGAGUUGUAUUUUUGAACUAAUGAAAUAAAAGUACUGGCAGUUAAGAUUCAUUUCUAAGUAUUUAGAUACUUCCAUGAUUUAUAGAUAGGUACCAUGAUAAGAUUAUGUUGUUUAAAUUACAUUUUGACUUGAUUCAAAAUAUAGUAAUAAAAUUUAAACAUAACAAGUGUAUUUUUAUUGGUACUUUAAAAAGGGAGAAAAAUCAUACAAGAUUGUUUUUUAUGCAAUAGAUCCUUGAUGGAUUUGUACAGUUUUACUAAUUUAAUUAAGGGAAAUUUACAUUCCUAAAUUAAUUGAGUAGUAAGGCUUUUAUUUUUGUCCUUUCACCUUCUCUGUUGUCACAAGUUAAAAGCUGAACUCUCAGCAAUUAGUUGAAUUAAUAGCCAAAUUCUGGACAGCAUAUAUGAAAUUCCAUAUAAAUCUUUGAUAUGAAUUGGUCGCACAAAACCAGAAGGCUGUAAUUUAUGGAUAGACACCUGAACAUGAUUUAAUAUAACGAUUGAAAUGUAUUGAAUUGUGUUUUCCAUCUAAUGAAAUUUGUUAUUAAAAUAAAAAGAGACAGAUAAAAAAUUAUUUAUCUGCACAUUACAUGUUUGGUUAUGUCUUAAAGAAUUAAUUGAAUCUACAUUUUAGAGCUGCAGUACCAGAAAUAUUUGUUUGUUCUCAUGAAUAGUAAAGAUGUUUGCUCACACCCUCACAUGUCUUUGUCAAAAAAAAAGGAAACAGAAUAUUUUAUGUGUAAAAUUGUUAAAAAUUUAAGACAUAUGGUUGGGUAUGUUAACUAAUUCUUACACUUUUAUGUUUUUGGCUGUUUAUUUAGAUUUCCUACUUUCCAAGGCACCCCAUACAUUUUCCUAUAAUAUUUUUAAAUAGUAACUUUUGAGAUCCUGUUAAUAAUAUCUUUCUCGAAAAGUUUAGGUGGUAAGUUUUAAUUUGCUCACAUAGCAAAGAAAGGUCUCCAUGUGUAGAGGUUGAAGUUGCUAACUUUAAAUCUCGGUAGGUUUAAAGCCAUACUUAGGUUGUCACAUGAGGAAACACAUGGAGGGGCUCCUAGGGUCUUCCUCCAUCUGAAAGUAAACUGUGUCCGCAUCUGAAAAUCCAACAAAAAUAAAAUCUUGGGAAAUCAAAUACAGUAAUAUACACAAUAAGUUACCUUUUCAGAUGACAUUAAGUAAUAUCAUAUUACCUUAAUAGAAUUAUUUACUGAAAAAUGGACAAUUUUUUUCUUCUUUAAAUUUCCUCCUGUUUUAACAAAUAACAAAAAAAAAUUGCUAUAAUAGUAGAUGUUUUGAAAAUCUGAUUGUCAGCCAGCAUUUGUUGUGUGUUUUAUUCUUGUUUAAUGGAGUCUGCUUUCUCAAAAGCCUUGUUCGCUGUAUUGGAGAGCCAGUUAUUAUAUACAUGUAAACACAAUUGCCUGCCAUUCUAUGUUGUACUUUUAUGUGUUCACGUUUAUUCAUGCAGGUAUUUUGUUUAAGGCUGGUCAUAACAAAAAAGUUUGUAGAUAAAUAUCAGACUGUAUUGUUUAAAAAUUAAAGCAUGUGAGGACAAGAAAGUUUUUGCCAGAAAAAAUCACCAUAUUUUGGUGGGAAAAUGCUUGAAUGGUUCUUAGUAAAGACAUUCUAGUAUAUGAUUUUUAAUAUAUGUAACAGGCAUAAUAACAAAGCAGUAAGGGACAUUUCACAUACAUGCACAGAACUGACACUGAAAUCAGACCAAGAAAUAAUAGAACACAUAAAUUGUGCAUUUCUCAUACAGGCUGUAUCCAAACAGAAAAGUAGAACCAAACCAAAACAAAGAACAUGCACAAAUUUAAAUCAUACUUUAAUACCAAAUUUGGUUUGAAAAAGGUAAAAAAAUGCUGGACACUACUGAUUCUGCCUUUGCGAACAGUGUAGACCAUUAUCAGCCUGCACAUCCGUGCUGUCUGAUUAAGAUCUGCACUGUUCGCCAUUCAGUCAGUAUUUUUUGUAAGCACUCCUUUUAACAGUUAAUGGUACUGUCCAAAUUGAAAGAUGGGCAAGUUCAUUAUUGAAAUUUAGUAUGGUAAGGGUAAAGAAACAUCAUCAGACUGCACCUGUAGAUAUUACUGGUAAUUCCAGAAUAAAUAGUUCAUGAAGUGAGGAUCAGCAAACUUUUCAUUGUUGACGAUUUCAGAUGUAGGAACAAUGGCUCUGAAAUAAGCUAAAAUUACUGGUACAUUUCUGUAUAUAGUGAAACGCUCUUAAUUUAGGGGUUUUCCUAAUGCAAGGUUCUAUAAUUGUUAAAUAUCUGCCUUUGUGUUAAAUCUUUAAAUAAAAUCAUGUGCUUUUUGUUAUACAUGUGCUCAGAAAAAUCUGGAAUAAUGAGAUAAUUUGUAAAUGUUAAAUAUAUUUCAAUGUUUGUUAAGAUUAUUGCAGUUUGAGUUUUUUCCUUUCAUUUGGAAAAUGAAACAGCACAGAAAAUUACAUGUAAUGCAAUAUUAUUGAAGACACUUCUACCCAUGAAAUGUUGAACAUUCAAUUUUGCUGCAUUCUGUAUAAUAAUAAGUCUGUACUGCCGUUUAUAGAUUUCUGUCUUGUUUACAGGUUCCUUUUAGGUUUCAAAAAUCAUAUAUUUUUUGUAUAUAAACGAUGCGUUAGAAAUCGUCUGAAGCUUUCACCUCCUCUAUGAAUUCUUUAUCUCGACCAGAAAUAGAACUGGCAGAUAAAAGUACCUGAAUGUUGUCAGAUCAUAGAAAGGUAUCAAGAUAUAAAAGGCAUGUUGUCAGUGGUUCACAGCUCAUCUGAUUUUUCUUCGAACUGUUAUUUGGGCAAGAUAAUGUAUUUGCUAGAUUUUUGUCAUCCUUGGCUUUAGUUACAACCUAGUUACUAAUAUCAUUUAACUUUUAGCCUGCUGUCGGCAAGUGACAGCCAGUGCAGACAAAGACUAGCCUGCAUAUCUAUGGAGGCUGAUCAUGGUCUGCAUUGUUCUAUAUUCAGUCAGUAAAUUUUCAUUGAACACGUCUUUUAUAAACAAAAGUAGUACUGCCCAGAUUGAAUGAUGGACCAUUCAGUGUUAGAAUUUUAGCAAGGUAAAGAAAAACAGAACAGAAAGAUUGUUUUCUAGUUGAUUUUGUGCUUGUUAAUUGUUUCUGUUUAUUGAUUGAUAUACAACUAUCAGUUGUACUCUUCAUGAAAACUAACAGGUUGGUUGAGAUGUGGGGGUGAAGGUGACCAAAAAAAAAGCAACAUGAAUUACCAAAGUGAAUUUGAGAAAAAAUAUGUUUUUAAUAUAGAGUUGUUCUUUAAACUUGUGUAAUGUAUAAGUAAGAUGUAAAUCUAGCAAAUGUAAAACUUGCCUUAUUAAAAUGUUUCAUGUCCCAUAUUUUGUUCAUUUCAAAACAUUACCAUAUUGUCAUGUAUUCAUUUAUUGUUUUUGCUUCAUUAUGACUGUUAUUGAUUGAAAUAAAAUUCAAAGGAUA